AUGAACCACGGGCCGUGCGGUGCUUUCAACAUGACAUUACCAUGCAUGGAAAAUGGAAAAUGUAAGAAAAAUUUCCCAAAGCCGCAUACGAAUGACACUAUCACGGAUAUUGACGGUUAUCCAAUGUAUCGACGCAGAAAUACUGAGAAUGGUGGCCACACAUUCACGAUGCGACUGCCGAAUUCUACAAAUCAAGUAGAAUUUGAUAAUCGGUGGGUGGUACCAUACUCACCAUUACUUUCAAAAACUUAUGAGGCUCAUAUCAAUGUCGAGCUUUGCAGUUCUGUAAAAUCAAUUAGGUACAUUUGUAAAUAUGUAAAUAAAGGCAGUGAUUUGGCCAUGUUUGGAGUACAAAAUGUAAAUGAAAAUGACGAAAUUACACGAUACCAAAUGGGUAGAUACAUCAGCAGCAACGAAGCUAUUUGGCAUAUUCUUAGCUUUUCCAUACACGAAAGAGACCCUGCUGUCCAGCAUCUAGCAAUACAUCUUGAAAACGGUCAACGUGUAUACUUCACUGAAGAAAAUGUUCUCCAAAGAGCGCUUGAGGCUCCAAAAACGACACUAACUGAGUUUUUUACAUUGUGUCAAAGAUCUGACAUUUUUGGCCAAUUCGCAAAGACAUUGAUAUAUACUGAUGUUCCACGUUAUUUCACAUGGAACAAAUCUGGUAAAAAAUGGGUGCCACGAAAACAAGGAAAACCACAUCCUUCCGUUACAGGCAUAUUCAAAGCUAAGACAUUGGGGCGACUUUACACGGUAAAUCCAAAGCAACGUGAGUGCUUCUAUUUACGUUUAUUAUUGGUGAAUGUUCCCGGACCAACGUCUUUUGAAUUUCUGCGAACAGUCAACGGCCGAGUAUUCAAUACAUACCAAGAUGCAUGUCGUGAACUGCAAUUGCUAGAAGACGAUAACCAUUGGGACUUAACGCUUGCUGAUGCUGCGUUGACAUCAACGCCCAAUAACAUUCGUCAGCUGUUUGCAAUUAUUUUGACGACAUGUUAUCCAUCACAAGCACACACUUUGUGGGAAAAAUAUAAAAAUUGUAUGACAGAAGACAUAUUGCACCGAUUAGACAAACAGAUCAAUGCCAAAACAUAG